AUGUCUACCGCUGCUCCGACUCCUAUUCGUGAUUCUUGGGUGGCAAAUGCCGACUUUCGCUCCUUGAACCUCGACGAGACGGAGCGCGAGUUUCUGAAAGCCAAGACUGGGAUUCAGACUGACGAAGCACUCAAGCAGCACGUUCUUGACGUGCAGCGCGAGGCGCUUGUGGUCCAUCCGUACCCGUGCAUCGUUGUAUUCGCCUUCACCAAGUUGAACCUGGGUGGGCUUCCGGCGUACGGCCGGCUCCUCGAACUCGGCAAGACGCGUGAAGACGCCAUCUGGUUGGAUAUCGGAUGCUGCUUCGGGAACGACGUCAGGAAGGCCGUCGACGACGGGUACCCCAUCCAGAACAUCAUCGCGACCGACAUAACCCCAGACUUUUGGGCGCUGGGCCACAAGCUCUUCGCUUCCACCCCCGAAACCUUCCCCGUCCCCUUCGUUCCCGGGGACGCCUUCGACGCCGGCUUCCUCGCCCCCGGCCCUGUCGCCACGCUCGCCUCCGCGCCCACCGGCCCCGCCCCGGCGCUGGAGACGCUCACGACGCUCACGCCCCUCCACGGGCGCGUGUCCGCCGUGAGCGUCUGCAACGUCUUCCACCUCUUCCCCGCGGAGGAAGAGCAGGCCCUGCUCGCGCGCGCCCUCGCGCCGCUCCUGUCCGCGGAGCCCGGCUCGAUGCUGCUCGGGAAGCAGGCCGCGCAGCGGGAGAGCGGCGUGCACACGCAGCGCAGCCCGUCGGGCGAGGACGUCACGAUGUUCUUCCACAACGUGGAGAGCUGGACGGCGCUGUGGGACGGAGGGGUGUUCGCGAAGGGCACGGUGGAGGUGGAAGCGCGGAUGGUCGAGCCGCCGGUGUGGCACCAGACUGAGACGAGCCGUACUGUUUACUGUGUCAUGGAGUGGAGCGUGACGCGGGUGUAG